ACCCAAGACAACCACAGCCAUCACAUUCCUUUCGUCGCUCAGCAGGUCUAGCGAUUUCCAACCGAGAAAACCUACUUCUCACGUCACUCUUUCGAAUAUCAACAUGUUUUUCUCCACAACUCUCCUCGUGGCCUUCGCCGCCAGUGCCUCCGCGCACAUGACCAUCGAGUACCCAGUCCCAUACGGCAAAGACACCCUUACCAGCUCCCCUCUUGAGCCUGGCGACUUUCCCUGCAAGCAGCGUGCUGGUGUCUACGAUGUGACUGAGAUGAACCAGUGGAAUGCUGGUGAGACCAAGGAAGUCUCCUUCAAGGGCUCUGCUGUUCACGGUGGUGGCUCCUGCCAAUUCUCGAUCACAACCGAUAUGGAGCCUACCGAGGCGUCUCAGUGGAAAGUCAUUACCAGUGCCAUCGGUGGCUGCCCAUCGAACGUAACUGGUAACCUUCCUGAGGACCCCAACGGCCACGGAGCAGCCACCUUCCCCGUUACCAUGCCAGACAACAUCCCCGAAGGCAAGUACACUUUCGCCUGGACUUGGUUGAACAAGGUUGGUAACCGUGAGUUCUACAUGAACUGUGCUCCUCUGCAAGUUGGUGGUGGCUCCAGCAAAGCCUCAACUGCCAGUGCUUCCGAAGCGCUUUCAGCUCUUCCUGACAUGUUCGUUGCCAACCUUCCAGCCACUCAGUGCACCACGUCGGAAGGCCAGGACUUCAACUACCCUGACCCGGGUCACAACGUUAUCGAGGGACAGGGUGCUACUCUUGGUGACACCGUCAGUGGGUCUGGCUGCUCGACAAUGACCAAGAUGGGCGCUGGUAACGGACAGAUGGGAUCACCCACCAAGCCUGACGCUUCGCAACCCGCAGCGAGCGAGGCCCCUGCUGCCACUUCUGGUUACGCCGCACCACCUGCGUCGAGCGAAGCUCCCGCUGCUACCUCUGGAUACGCUGCCUUGCCUUCCAAUGGCGGUGGUGUGUUCGCUCCCGGUGCUUCUUCUGCCCCUGCAGCUGAGCCCACCGCCCCUGUUGCCGCACCUACUCCCACCUAUGGUGCCCAGCAGCCCAGCAGCGUCCCCGAGCAACCAGCCUACAGCGCAACUCCUCAAGUGCCCGACAACAGCACUCCCAGUGCUCCCGCCAGCGGCAGUGACUGCACUCCUUGUGACAACGAUGGUGCUGUUGUAUGCAUUGGCGAGAACCAGUUCGGUCUUUGCAACCGCGGAUGUGCCGUCCCUCAAGCCCUUGCCAACGGCAUGUCUUGCUCUGCCGGAGCUGUCGUUGCUACGGCUUCCCUCAAGCGAUCACUCAAGUUCCCUCGUGCCCACCUCCACCGCCGCCACGGCUCGUCUCUCUUCAUCUAAGGGUCAUGCUUUGCAUGGGCAUUGGAACGUCUUGGACAGUCUUACAUACCCUCAGCCGUUGGCUAUGAAAUGCAAUACUUGGAGUUUGGGACACGGAUUGGGACACCCUCGGA